UUUUGUUGUUCAUCUGAAACCGAUUCAAUAUUUUUAUUUUUAUUUUUUUGGAAAACCAAAUGGCCUCACUGCUCACGAAACCAACAGUGACAAGAGGACGGGAUGAAGUUUAUGUUGCAGCAGUGCCUCUAAGAGCAACAAAAGGACCCGCCCAGCUGCUUACAUCUGCUGCUUACUCUCUCAAUCUCUGGAAUUUGCAGCAUUUCAUGGUUAUCAUUAAUCCCUCCCCACCACCACCUGAUUGUCAGGCCAUAGUAUUCGAUUUUCAACCUAAAGAUCCUGAAAACAUAUAUGCAGCCCUUGCAGUUCUAUCCGGAAAAGCAAUACCGGGAGUUGUUCUUAUGAGGAAGUUGUCGAAACUGCCGAGAAGAAAAUGCUGGUACGUUGGUUCUCCCAAAGGAUCAGGUGCCAUAGAUAUGGCACUCGAAUUCAACAAACAGUGGGAAACUAAGCUGAGAGUUGGUCAUCAUGAUUGUCGGAAUUAUACCAAUGGCUUGGUCGAGUACCUGACCGAUGAAGAACAUAUCUUGGAGCGUUUGGAAGGAAAACGGAGACAUUGAAUGGGUGGUGCGCACGUUAUGGUGGCUAGCAAGGCCCAAACUCACUUUCAAUUGAGGACUCUAUUGAUGUUGCGUAAUCCCAAGAAGGAAAUCAUUCACUACUUAUCUAUCAAAAGUUUUGGCCGUUUUCAAGUGCAACUUUGCUCCUAUAUGCUUCCAUAUUGUCACCUAAUUAUACACUUUUUUUUGGAAUUAUUAUUACACUGGUGAGCAUGAAUAAGUCACCAAGGUAUAAAAAGAAUUGUUAUUUGGUCAUGCUUCAAGUCCUCACUUUCACUAAUCACUAUACACAAAAACAACUGACAACAACAUAUAAAAGAUACUUUUGUCACUGGUUCAUCAUGUGACAAAUUUUUAACAAACAUAUGGUGUACGUUUUGAACCCAUAACAAACCUAUGUUUCACGAAUAACGCUACCAUAACUAUGUCAUGGUUUCUAGAGGAUCUCUCCAAUAGUAUAGUCAAGAGGUUUGAUUGAAGAGGACAAAAUUAAGAAAAUUUUGUUCCUUACUGUAAAUAAGGUUGCAUGUAGAUUUCCACAUGUAUGAAAGUAUUGCCUAUCUCUCUCUCUCUCUCUCACACACACACACAUAUUUAUUUAUAAUUUUCUAUAUGUUUUAUACGAUUUUAAAACUUGCAUCAUCACACAGGCACUUUUGCUAGUUACCUACAACUAGAUAGAGUAAAACCCUAAUCAAAAUAGAAAACAAACACGAGCACAACGAAAGUGAAAUCUUAAUCAAGAUCCAAAAACAAGAACAUACAAUUUUCACAAACUUAAAAUAAGAUAGAUCAACAAACUCUAGAAAACUGAUAACAAACAAGAGUGGAUUAAACCCCGAAGGAACGAACAUAAUACUAAACUACAAAUAAUGUUUUAUUAAUCGAAACAAAAGAGAACAUUAUAAAUUUGCCAAGGCGACUACAUAACUAGUAAGACUUUUUUUGUGACUAACUUACUUCUAACAACAGUACAAACAUCUAUUUAUACGAGAAAACGAAAGCAAACCCAAACUUGACGAGCAAGCCAAAUAAAUUUAACCAGCAAGGAAUCCUAAUCCCUGGCUUACAAGAAAAACAAUAAGACUAACAAUAAUAUUAAAACUAAUUUUCCAACAUAAAGCUCUAACUCUAAACUCUAGUUUCCAGACAUCAGUCUUAGGUAAACUAUUAGGUGUCCAGAUUUCAGCGAAGAAAAGGCAAAUCAGGUUGCAUUGAAAGUAAAUUAUUACUCGUGAUCUUUACCUCGAGUGUGUUCUGAAUCUCCUCAAGUUUGCACCUCAUAGCAAGAGCUUGUAUUAACGGUUAGUAUUAGAUUAGAUUACGCACAGAAAUCGGUUUUUAACUUUUAGUCGAACUUGAUUUGCUUUCUUCUUUGCUGUUAUUCGACACCUGAUAAUUAACUUGAGGCUGAUGUCUGGAAACUAAAGACAGUAGUUACUAGUUAGAGCUUUAUGAAGUAGGGCUUGAAGUUUCAGCACUAAAGAAUAAAAUGAUCAGUAUCCAUAUUCUUUCAUCGAGAUUUUAGUUGCUACGGGAUGCCUUUUGUUUGGGUAGAAAAUUCGUUUAGUAUCGCAGUUUGGCUUGAGACAUUUAGGAAAAUACUCCGGUCGUGACAAACCACAGGCCGAGAAGCAUUCUGAAUUCACACAUGAUCAUUUGAAACAAGUUAAGAUGCAGGGAUUCAAAUGUCUUCCGUACGAAAUUGAGUUUGCGAUUUGUAAUCUAAAAAAUACAACACAGCUCGAGAGUCUUGACAAUGGUAAUUCACGUGUUUGGAAAAGUCUACCUUGGUGGUGGUGGAAAAUGAAAAAAGGUCAGCAACACAAUUGCUUCAGCCCGGACAAAAGAAUGCAGGAAAGCACUGAUAGAACAGAAGCUCCGAGGACAACUCAAUGAUGAAAAGACUGAUGCUCGAAUAAUCGAAUUGCAGUUCUGUAGCCGUCGCACAGAAUAGCUUCAGACUAGUUAUGCUAAUUUGUAUGAUGCAUAUGUAAAUGUUGUGUAAAUUAACCAUAUAAUGAUCAGAGUAAAUGAAGAAUUUCAUGUUGGUUUCA